UUAGGGCUCUUGCAGUAGUCGAUUGAAUAAACAAGGUGGAUCAAUGUCGUGUUUUGGAUCAAUUGUAAACUAUGCUGUCUCGCGGCAGUGUUAAUAAUACAAUACAACGCUUUAGUCGCCGUUAUCAGUGCGCUUAGAGCUGACCGUGUCAUUACACAGCGCCUUACAGACGGAGACUUCAUUAGAGGAAAAAGCAGUUUAGGUCUCUUUUGCAGGCUAGUUCACCUAGCAAGCGGUUGUUUACAUAAUCUGGCAGUGAGGUGAGACAGUUAGCCACGUGCUGGACUCGCUGAUUAAACGGACCGGGUUAUCAUUCGGAGAGCAUGGCAGAGUUACACAUUGAAACGAGCGCGGGAGGAAUCAUGGAGCAGAGCGAACACAGGGAGACCCGCGGCUCCGUUAGCAUGCGCCUCCCGUCGCCCAGCUUCGUACUUCCAGCUCGGAGCGGUUCUGCCAGCCCGGGCCUUUCCGCGUCCAGAGCCGUGUUCGGCUUCCCCAUGAAGAGCAGCCCCACAUCCCCAUCAGACUCCACAGAGAAACCGGGGUCGCGGUGGGUCCGGCUUAACGUCGGGGGUACCUACUUCAUCACAACCAAACAAACCUUAUGCAGGGAUCCCAAAUCCUUUCUGUACCGGUUAUGUCAGGAAGAUCCUGAUCUGGACUCGGAUAAGGACGAGACAGGAGCUUAUUUGAUUGACAGAGACCCCACAUACUUUGGUCCUAUCUUAAAUUAUCUGAGGCACGGAAAGCUGAUCAUCAACAAGAACCUUGCAGAGGAGGGUGUUCUAGAAGAAGCUGAAUUUUACAACAUUGCGUCAUUGGUGAGGCUGGUGAAGGAGAGGAUACGAGACAAUGAGAACAGGACGUCUCAGGGCCCAGUGAAACAUGUGUAUCGUGUGCUUCAGUGCCAGGAAGAAGAACUCACUCAGAUGGUCUCCACAAUGUCUGAUGGAUGGAAGUUUGAGCAGCUUAUAAGCAUCGGCUCCUCUUACAACUAUGGAAAUGAGGACCAAGCAGAGUUUCUGUGUGUGGUUUCCCGGGAACUCAAUAAUUCCACAAAUGGGAUUGUUAUUGAGCCAACUGAGAAGGCAAAGAUCCUUCAGGAGCGAGGUUCCCGGAUGUGAGGAGACCUUCUUACCUGUGCUGACACAGAUCUCCCUAUCCCCUCUCCUCUCCUGUCCUCUCCUGUCCUCUCCAGUCUCUCCUCCUAAACCAUACAGCUGACUCCAUCAGCUCACAUGGCUGCCCUUCUAUCAUCCUCCUCCCUUGUGCCUUUCCACAGUGGGGGUGUCCCCCCUCCCUGCAGUGCUGCAACAUCGCCCAUCCAGCACAUUACUUGAGGUCACCGCUGUUAUCAAAAAUAUUCAAAUACUAAGUUAGUUGAUCGAUGGUGAUGCGGGGACUCAAGAUGGCUAGGGAGGAGUCCAAGUAAGAUUCUCGAGGUGUCUCACUAUAACAGCUAAUGUAGUCAUCCACAAUGCCUCGGAACAUGAUCAUUUAUCGCCUACAUAUUCUCGUUAUAAUCAUCUAUAGACUCUGUCAUUGCUGGCAUGCUAGUUACAAGGAAUGCCUGUGCCCUGGUCAGCUAGGCUGUGUUUUCAUCAUCAGAAUUUCCUCAGGACUUCCAGGGGUGCAAAAACAUAGUAGACAGGACAGAAUUGUUUGCCCCCUACACCCUUUUCAUAGCAAGCACAUUGACUCACUGUGUACAACGGAGCGAGUGUAUGAGUGAAUAUCAGCAGCAACACUCACUCGUUAUCAUUUCAGUGUCUACCGCAGCCUGGCUUGGCCUUUGAACAUGCAGAGCCCGUUUUUCUUUUUUCUUUUUUUUUUUUAGUUUGUAGAGUAUCAUAUAAUUUCCUUGUUCCUGUUUGCCCCACCUGCAUUCAUUGACAGGUAUUGGAUGUUCCAGGCCAUGCCAGAGGUUUUAAUUUACCCCUCUUAACAUGGACACAUCAAAAAUGAACGUGCAUUGUUAUGGGUGUGUAAAGAUCACGUAUAUGGGUGUAUUACAGGAAAGGUUGUCAUAAACGUUGUUUGUGCUUUAUAAAAGUCACAUUUGAUUGGGGAAGCUCACACUCCAAGAAGAAUCGGCCAUGCUCCUAGUCUACUUUGUCCAGUUUCUCGUCACCUGUAUGGAACAUUUUUUUGUUGUUUCCCCUCUGACUAUCCGUACGUGACUGGAAAACUGGACACUCCAUUGUCUUAUCUUUUAUCUCGAUUUCUCAAGAAUAGUUUUGUUUCUGUUUAUAUAAGUGCAUCAGUUCUUUGUCUUGUCACAAAUGAGCUCCAUCAGACUGUUGAUAGGCAACAUGCUCAAAAGAUUUGAGUAACAGCAGAACUCUGUUGUGUAAAAUGAUUUUUUUUUUAUUUAACUUAUUAAGUUCAGCUCUAACACUCCAUAGUCUAUCUUUAACUCUAUUUUGGCUGUUUAACUGUUUCUAUGUCAUAUUUAAAAAAAAAAAAAAAAAAGGAAAA